CCAGACAGUCAGUCCUCGCGGCACAGGGGGCGCGGGAGGAGUCACACAGGGCGCACGCAGCAGGGUCAGCAGGGGGCGCCGAUCCCCUGCCACAGAGACCACUGGGGCAGAGAGGAUGACCCCGCCCGGCCUGGCUCGGCGAUGGGCGGCUGUGUAGGUGCCCCGAGGGAGGCCACCCCCAGCACCACAUCCCCAGGGGGGGGCGCCACACUUCUCACAGGCAAAAAUGUCCCUCUGCGGCAUGAACGGAUACGAUGGAAGUCAGAUAUGCCGCUGACGGAGAACCAAGUGCGCAGCAAGCGGGAUGAGUUCUGGGACACGGCACCAGCGUUUGAGGGGCGGAAGGAGAUUUGGGAUGCCCUCAAAGCUGCCGCCAUGGCGAUAGAGAGCCACGACUACAACUUGGCGCAGGCCAUUGUUGACGGGGCGAACAUUACGCUUCCCAACGGUGCCUUGACAGACUGCUAUGAUGAGCUGGGGACUCGCUACCAGCUCCCCGUCUAUUGCCUCUCUUUUCCCCUCAACAUAUUGCAAAGCUCCCCUGACAAGGAGGGGCAGGUGGAGCCAGCUGAGGGCAGCAUUGAGGGUGAGGCACUAGUGCUGCGAGUCCGCCUCUCCACCACCAGCAUCGACACAAGACUCACAGUUCGCUCCACAGACACCAUUGCCACUGCCAAAAAGAAACUCGACCUACAGGAGGAUCUUGAGGGCCGGCGGCAGCGAUGGUUUUACUGCGGCAAACUGUUGGGUGACCGGCUGUUGAUUUGUGAGUGCAACAUCCACCCAAGCUUCAUCAUUCAGGCCAUCAUAUCAGAAGAAGCCCUCUCUGCUGUAGGAAGCUGAGUCUUGGACUAAUGUGGUAGGCCAGCACCUCUCCCAUUCUCCCUUACCCUGCUUGCCCUCACAUCUGCUUAGUGCUAUGAGGGAGAGACAAGGUUCAUAAUAUCAGGAAUGCAUGCAAAGGAAGGAUUGUGUUGGGUAGGUAACCACCACUGUGCUCUUUCUGUUGGUAGAUAUUACAUUCUGCUGACUACCUUGUAUUUGCAUAUGUAGAUGAGUUAGUUCACUUGUAGCCUUGCACCAAACUUAUUAGGGCGAAGGAGGUAUAGCAAAUAAUUUGAAGGAAUUGUGCCCCUUCUUGCGUGAUGUUCAUUUUGCCUUUGUUAAUGCUAAUGUUUCUUUCUUUAGUGGAUACAGAAUUUGAUCUCUUUUGAUACUCCAAUGUCCUGUGGAUUUCAGUUGGUCAUAGAUAAAAACAAAGCAGUUUAUCAGUGCUUUUUAUAUGAAGGAUUUUUUGUUCUUGAAGUGUCAAAUUUUUUUUUCAUGUUGGUAUUUUUCUUUUGACUUUGGGUUGCUUUUUAGUUUCAUUUGAUGGGCAGAGGAGGUCCAGUUUUGUAUUCCACUUGCACUGUUGCAAAUGUUAAAUGAGAUUUCAUUUAGACUAACUUUUGCAACAUACAUUCUUUCAUUACAUAUUUCUUCUCAUAUUUAUGUUUAGAAGAAAAAUCUGUGGUAUCAGGACAAUAAGUAAGUGUGCGUGUGUUUGUGUGUCAUACUCUAGUGUAUGUUAUAGAAGAGAACAGUGAGUGUGUAUGUGUGUGUGUGUGUGUGUGAGUGCAUUAGUGUGUGGGUAUGGGUGUGGGUGGGUGGCUGUCUUUGUGUGAAGUUAGAGAGUGAACAAAAUCACUAGAACAUGUAGAAGAGUAACUUUGCAAAUUUUUAUCACUAGUUUGUUGUGACAUGACCUUAACACCACCUCAGGAGUUACGUCUUUGUAGGAACAGUCAACCUCGGACCACUGGGUAGACGAGCCCAUUCCACUUGGUUGGCAGAGUUAGGGUUAAAGUGGGGAGGAGCUUUCACAUAGAUGUUUCCUAUAGCUUGUAAAUCACUUCUGUGCUUUAUGAAAAUCUUCCAACCUUUUUUUUUUCGAUAAGAAUGUCAAUAAGAUAUGAAAAUUAAGGCAAACAAUGAAAUGACAAAACCACUCAAUAGAAAAAUAGCUUAUAGAGAGAGUAUAGGAUGCUGAGUCAAGGAUGGAAGAGAGAAGGAAAGAGAGAAAGAUAGAAGAGAGGAGCAUGGGGAGAGAUGAUAAGGGAGGGAUAGAGAGUAGAGAGUUAAUGGAAAGGAAGGGAACAGAGAUGGGCAAAGGGGUAAAGAGGGUAAACUAAGGAGCAGAUGUCAGGAAGUGGAAGGUAACAAAUACUUUUAGAAAGACAGACAAGAAAAUGUUUGAAAUUGGUGUUUAAAUCCUCAGGUCAGACAACAAAAAACAACCUACAGACUUCAUAUUAAACACUUAGAACUAGAAGGCAUGUUUUGUCUCCACCAGAAGGGCUGAGCUUGUUUACAUAGUGACCUCAGGGUGACUAUGGCAACGUGUGAUUUUGCCUAUAACCGUUAAAGUGUGUGGUUAUAUUUAUCGUGUUUGAAGUGUGGCAUUGAAUUAUAUGAUAGCUAAAGUAUGAAGUCGUUUAUAUAAUACUGUAGUCAGAUUUGGUAAGCAUAUGUUCUUGCACUCAUUGGUACCACUCUUGCUCUCCUCUCCCUGUACUACUAUAUCACAACACAAAUGUUUCUACAAGCUGUCAAACUCGACUUUUCUAUCUCAUAUUUUACACCUAUGGAGAAGUUUCUCAUGACCAAGGGCAGCAUGUUUGUGGCUUACUGUAAGAGGUGCAGUCGGCAAGAAGAAAUUGAACACUCUGGGUAGAUUAAAUAGAAUGUGAGCGAACUCUGUUGACAUGGUGUUGUGUUGGUUCGGUGGGUACCAGUGGCUAGUUUACCCAUUGGUACCCACCUAACCAACAUAACACCAUGUCUAUAAAUUUUGCUCAGAUUAUAUCCACUCGACCCAUGGGUGUCCUAUACUUUUUCUGCUGACUGUACACGAGCUCCUUGACUUGCCUGUCCUCAGAGUACUAAUGGAGUUGCCCGAGUGUGUUGACUUUGUGUGCCGUGAUAGGUGUUUGUUCAUUAUACCCUAGUCAGGACAGGUGUUAGAAAUAAGGUUGAAUUUUGUGUAUGCUGAAGGUCACACUGUAUCAUUGUUUAGUCAUUAACCCUCUAGCUGCAGAAUAUGAGUGGACAAGAGUCUGUUUUAUGCAAAUUACCAGCCCUUAACUUAAACUUACCAGACCAAAAGGAGUUAAAACGUAUAACAUCAUACUCAUCUCAGUUUUAUGCAGCUUCUGAAAGUAUUUUUUCCGGUAGAGUUGCAUAUUUAUGAUGUUGUUAUGCUCCUUUGUUGAGGCACCGUAAAGCCGCAGUGUAGGCUUGUCGCAGCUAACAGGUUAAGGGAAAGAAAUUAUACGUCAACUAAGCUGGGGCUCUUACUGGUAAUUUGUUGUUUGUACAGUAGAGGAUAUGGCUCCCUUGUGUAGGUGCAGCACUUAUGUUUGGCAACUGAUCCAUUUUCACAGCUAUACCUGUUUGUAAAGGAAACACAAUUUUUAACCUAAGGUGUUCAGUACUCUGUUUGCUUCACCCAAGAAAGGACUGUCCCCUAGCAAAAUUGUAUCGUGUUAUUGUCUCGAGGGAGUAGCAAACAUUCAUAUCUUUAACAAAGCUGGAAUUUAGCCCUCGCUGCAUCUGUCCCUCGUCUGGCCCACCACCUCCCUGCCAACCCUUUCCUAAAGAUGUUCAAGCAGAAUCACUACACUUUUCCCUGAAUAAUAUAAUUUCUUUCAAUGAAAUCACAUCCUCCAUUUAAGGUAACCAUCCUAUUUUAGCUUAUAGUUCUCUCCUUAAUCAUAUCACCUCCCACUCACCACCGUGUCUUUUUCCUCUACCUCCACCAUCUUCUCUGACUUACCAUAGUGUUACAUGACCUUUGAUGUCUGGCACAUUAUAAUUUCCCUCUCAUUAACUUACUUGGGUACAGCCCAUAAGCUGCAAGAAGCAUAAAGUUGGGAAUGCAUGUUUUGAAAAUGCUCAGUCAUGUUAUUGAUAUAUAUGCACACCACACCUCUGUGGUGUAGGGGUUAGCAUGUCAAGUAAGGAAUCUCUCUGCGCCUAUGUUCAAUCUUGCUUUGGGGCAGUUGGUACCCAGCCUACCCAGCUGUUCAUUCCUCCCUUUCAGAUUGUUUGAUAAAUGGAUACUUAGGGAAACCUGGGUAAGGUGAAGUGUUGUAAAUUGGGUGUCACAUUGGCCAUGUUCCUCAGGGUAGGUGGUUAUUAUCCACCAUGGACUCAAGGGUCGAGGUGAUGGAGAUGCAUGCUGAUGCUGAAAAAUAUGACUUAGCAAAGGCUGUAGUGGGAAAAUUGACCACAUGUACUGCAAAUGAAUCACCAAGCACCCACAUUUAAUAGUAUUCAACCUCUAUAAAGCACACAAAUGAGAGCCCUCCCAGUUACCAAAUAACUGUCUGAGUAAAGAGGAGAGGAACAUAAUGGAUGUGAUUGGCAUCGCUAUAGGAAGGUAAAGAAAAUGACUUCUUGUAUGAUAAACCCUUUCAACUUCAUUGUGAAGGCUUUUGUUGUUGGAUGUUAUUGAACACAAAAAGAAACCAAAAUAAAAGACUUGUCCCUUAGUGUUGUUAAUGUCUAUGUAGGUUCAGCACUUCCAAAACUGAUGGAAUCAGUGGGAAUCAGACAGGCUAUCAAAAAGGCAUUACACUCCAUGCCAUCCCCUUUAUCCUUCCAUUUUCCUAUUCUUUCAUUUCUUUCUUCUCUGCAGCAAGCAUUUGAGCUACUGGUACUGCCACGUCCUUUCUCAACCCUCCCACUCCUCCCCUCUAACCUCCCUCUUAACAACAACACCUCAACAUCUUACUCUUGGGGAAUUACCAGCUCUGAAUUUUGGGGUUCUGGUAAUACUGCCACAUCCUUUCUUAUCCCUUCCCCUCUCUCUCCCCCCAUUCCCUCAUACCUUCCUCCCACCACCACCUCAUUUCACUCCAGGGAAAGUACCAACUCUGAAUGCACACAGGACUCUCACUCACACUGAAAAACGCACAUAGUGACUUACACAAAACUGACCCUGCCUGCCGCUGCUGCUCACAAGGCUGUCAGGUCAGAGGUCAACUAUCAAGGGUCACACCAGCAUGCAGGCAAAGAAAGGUCGGCCAGCCAGUGGCCCACUAGGUUAGGUUUGAGUGGUUUACAUGGUAGUUUCUCAUAAGAGUUUACAUUAUAGUAUAUACAUAAUUAUAUAUAAAUGGCGAGGUGUGUGCAUGUGUGUUUGUAUGUGUGUCUGUAUUUUAGAUGUGGUGGUUUUCCUCCUGUUUUUUGGUACACAUAUACGUAGGUGCGUGUAGGUAUGUAUGAGUGUGUGUGUGCGUGUGGGUGUGGGUGUGUCUACAUAGGGGGAGGAAACGCACCUCUCACGUAACUGUUUGAUGUGAAAGUCAACAUGUAGAUUUUAUAUGAAUCCCUUACCAAACCUUGAUGAUGACAAAUGAUGACGACUAUGACGACGAUGAUGAUGAUGAUGAUGAUGAUAAGCAGACCUUUUCUGUGAUUACCAAUAAAGUCAAUACAUACCA